GGGUGAACAAGUAUAGCACCUCCCAGUUUCUUUGGUCAUAGAUCUGGUCGCCUCUUGUAGGCUACACUCAUUGUAUACGUGCAACAUGCAUUUUGGGUUUAGCGCGUAUCUAUAGCUGAGGAGGCUCGCUAUCUGGCUUGUCCACAGGGCCCCCUCCUUCUCACCACAUCCACCAUCUCUCUUCUCUACUUCGGGCCGCAGGAUAGUGCUGAAACAUGCCGAGACACUUGCAGGGCAGCUCGUGUCCGUCGCAGGUCCGCGAGGCUGGUUCUGGUUUGUAGCCUAGCUGGAUCUACUUUGUGGUGUAGUCUCCCCCAGCAUAUCUGAAUAUAACUAUUGCAAAGGAGGGAACAAGUUCAAGAAUAGAAAUAACUGCCCAAGAACGAGGUGAAGAAUACAGGAGAUCUAUACACCAAUAUUGGAAUCGAUGUUCGAUCAAGCUACGACUAUGGGCGAUGGGAUCGCUGAGGACCGCAACCACCACCACCACCACCGUGGAUCCAACUCUCUGUACGGUGACCGGAUGGACAAAUGCCAUACCGAACUUGGGAGCAGGUCGCCGGUGCAGAGUACAACCGAUACCGCGGGUACAUCGGCGUCAACCCCCACCUCCUCCAGUGAAGACGGACAUGAUAAACUGGACCCCGUGGACCCAGACUACUGCCAGAGGAUUUUAGUUCGAGAUGCUAAGGGUACCAUCCGGGAGAUCGUGUUGCCAAAGGGUCUCGACCUCGACAGGCCAAAACGCACGCGGACCUCCUUCACUGCAGAGCAGCUCUACCGGCUCGAGCUCGAGUUCCAGCGCUGCCAGUAUGUAGUCGGCCGAGAGCGCACUGAGCUGGCGAGGCAGCUGAACCUGUCUGAGACACAGGUUAAAGUGUGGUUCCAGAACCGCCGCACCAAGCAGAAGAAGGACACGACCAAGGACUCUGACAAGCACUCCUCCUCCACCUCGGAGUCACUGGCCACCUGUAACAUUUUGCGUCUCCUCGAACAGGGCCGCCUCCUCUCCGCCCCGCCCCCCAAUCCUACAUUGGGCCACCACCCAGGAAAUGGCUCCCUAUUGGUCAGCUCCGGAGGGGGCUCCUCCUCGCCAGGCGUGAGUAGGAGCACGCCACCAGGAAAUGGCAUUCUUGGCAUGGGUGGAACUUUCGGGCUGUCACUGCCCUCCCUGGGAGGGACUUCACCUUCACCACGUCUGGGCAUGCCGCCGCCGCACUCACUGUGCUUCUCAAUGCCGCUGCUAGGGGGCGCUCAUCAUGAACUGGCGUCUGGGUACGGGUGCGGGUCCUCGGCAUUUGAGCCAUACAUGCGGCUGGACAGGAUCUCCAAGGAUGGAGAUCUAAGUGGGAAGAAGAGAGUUUCCUAAA